UCUGGUGAGGCCCCGCCCUUCCCCGCCUGCGCGCUGAGGUUGCGCUGCGGGGCGGGGCCGGGGCCGGGCCGCGGGAUGCGGGUGGCGGGGUUGGGCGUGCGGGCCUCCCGCGGGGUAUCGACCCUCACCCGGGCCCGGACCGGUACCCGCACCGGUACCCGGACCCUGCUGGUGCUGCCGCUGCUGGUUGCGGCGCUGUGGAUGCGGGCGGGCGCUGAGGCCUGCGCCGCGCCCUGCUCCUGCCGCCGCGGCCUGCUGGACUGCAGCCGGUACCGCCUGCCCGGCGGGCCGGGACUGCGGAGGAUCCCGCCGCUGCCUGCCGGCACCACGGGGCUGGAUUUAAGUCAUAAUAAUUUACUGUCAUCCAACUGGAGCAUUGAUUUGUCUGCUCAUACACUACAAGAAGUGAAAAUGAAUUACAAUGAGCUAAGUGAAAUUCCAUAUUUUGGAGAAACAACUUCUAAUAUAACCCUUCUCUCAUUGGUACACAAUACCAUUCCAGAAAUAAACGCUGAGCAACUCCAAGCUUACCUUUCAUUGGAAAAUCUAGAUCUUAGUUCUAAUCUUAUCUCAGAAAUCAAAGCUGCUUCUUUUCCAAGGAUGCAACUGAAAUACCUGAAUCUGAGUAACAACAGAAUAACUACUCUAGAAGUAGGCUGUCUUGAUAACUUAUCUAGCUCACUAAUGGUGGUAAAGCUGAACAGAAAUAGGAUUAGUGUGAUUCCACCAAAGAUCUUCAAAUUGCCUCACGUGCAGUUCCUGGAACUGAAAAGGAACCGAAUUAAAAUAGUGGAAAGUCUUACAUUCCAAGGACUGGAAUCCUUAAAAUCCUUGAAAAUGCAGCGCAAUGGGAUUAGCAGACUAAUGGAUGGGGCAUUCUUUGGCCUGGGUAAUAUAGAAGAAUUAGAACUGGAACAUAAUAACUUAACAGAAGUAAACAAAGGCUGGCUGUAUGGUCUGCGGACACUGCAACAACUCUAUGUGAGCCAGAAUGCCAUUAACAGGAUCAGCCCAGAUGCAUGGGAGUUCUGCCAGAGGCUUUCUGAGCUAGACUUGUCAUACAACCAGCUAACUCGCCUCAAGGAAUCUGCCUUUGUGGGACUUGGUUUGUUGGAGAAACUAAACCUGGGUGACAAUCACAUCAGUCACAUUGCAGAUGGAGUUUUUAGAGGUCUGACAAAUCUUCGAACCUUGGAUUUGCGGAACAAUGAGAUCUCCUGGGCCAUAGAAGAUGCAAAUGAAGCAUUUGUGGGACUCAGCAGGCUGGAUAAACUAAUCUUGCAAGGAAACCAGAUUAAGUCGAUUACCAAAAAAGCAUUCUCUGGUCUUGAAGGACUUGAACAUCUAGACUUAAGCAACAAUGCAGUUAUGUCCAUCCAAGAAAAUGCAUUUUCUCAGGCACACCUGAAGGAGCUAAUUCUGAACACCAGCAGCCUGCUUUGUGACUGCCAGCUGAAGUGGCUGCCACAGUGGCUCACUGACAGCCAGCUACAGGAGGCUGUAAAUGUGAGCUGUGCUCACCCUGAGUGGUUGGCAGGACAAAGCCUUCUCAGUGUGGACCCUGAUGAUUUUGUCUGUGAUAACUUCCCUAAACCCCAGAUCAGGGUGCAUCCUGAGACCACUGUGGCUCUGCGGGGCAUGAACGUGACUCUGACCUGCAGUGCUGUCAGCAGCAGUGACUCCCCCAUGUCCACAGCCUGGCGCAAGGACAGUGAGGUCUUGUAUGAUGCAGAGGUGGAGAAUUUUGCCAGGUAUCAGCAGCAAAGUGGUGAGGUGGUCGAGUACACCACUGUCCUGCAUCUUUUCAAUGUGAAUUUCACUGAUGAAGGAAAGUAUCAGUGCAUCAUCACCAAUCACUUCGGCUCCAAUUACUCCAACAAAGCCAAGCUGACUGUUAAUGAGCUGCCCUCAUUCCUCAAAACCCCCAUGGAUCUCACCAUCCGCACUGGGGCCAUGGCCCGGCUGGAGUGUGCUGCUGAGGGCCACCCUACUCCUCAGAUCUCCUGGCAGAAAGAUGGUGGCACAGACUUCCCUGCUGCAAGAGAGAGGAGGAUGCAUGUCAUGCCUGAGGAUGAUGUAUUCUUUAUUGCAAAUGUGAAGAUAGAGGACAUGGGAAUCUACAGCUGUAUGGCACAGAACAUCGCAGGGGGGUUGUCAGCAAAUGCCACGCUGACUGUGUUGGAAACUCCCUCCUUUGUUAGGCCCCUGGAAGACAGGACAGUGACACGAGGUGAAACUGCUGUCCUGCAGUGCAUAGCUGGGGGCAGCCCUGCCCCACGCCUCAACUGGACCAAAGAUGAUGGCCCUCUGGCAGUCACAGAAAGACAUUUUUUUGCUGCAGCAAAUCAGCUUCUCAUCAUUGUGGAUGCUGGACUGGAGGAUGCUGGGAAGUACACCUGCAUUAUGUCCAACACCCUGGGCACUGAGCGUGGCCACAUCUACCUACAUGUCUUGGCUUCCCCAAACUGUGACUCUUCCCAGGGUGGCAUUGUCCACGAGGAGGAUGGAUGGACAACCAUAGGUAUUGUGAUCAUUGUUGUGGUGUGCUGCGUGGUGGGAACAUCCCUGGUGUGGGUGAUUGUCAUCUAUCACAUGAGAAGGAAGAAUGAAGAUUACAGCAUCACUAACACAGAAGAGAUGAACCUUCCUGCAGACAUUCCCAGCUACCUGUCCUCCCAGGGAACUCUGUCAGAGCCCCAGGAAGGCUACAGCAACUCAGAGGCAGGAAGCCACCAGCAGCUGAUGCCUCCAGCUGGUAGCUAUGUUCACAAAGGCACAGAGGGUGGCACAGCACCACUGGUGAUCUGCUCAGACUGCUAUGACAAUGCAAACAUCUACUCAAGGACACGAGACUACUGUCCCUAUGCCUACAUCUCAGAGGAGGAUCCCUUGGAUCAAACUCUCCCAAAUCUCAUGGUGCAGAUGCCUAAGGAAACGUACACAGCACGCACCCAGCAUGAAACCAGUACCCUUGAUAGUCUCUUAGCAGAGAGAGACAUGUCUGUUUUCCUUACCAACCACGACAAAAUAAGUGAAAAUAAAAUCUCCUCCCAGCAGAUGAAUGAACCCUUUCAGCUUCCCUUAUGGGGAGUGAACAAAGACCUGGGGCUCUCCCAUGCACACUUUCUGCAUCAGCCAUCAGCCCGUGAGACCCCGCGGCCUCUCCGGAGUGAGGGUGUUCCUGAGAGUGACCCUGAGCAAGCUGCUUCACCCAGACCUUGCCACAGGUUACAUGAACACAGCUUUGAUUUUAGCAGGACACGGAACAUUCAUGACUACAGUGAAACCACGUAAGACACUAAAAUGAAGUCUUGAAAGCAAAUCCCUCUCAACUGACUUUUUGUAUUUACUACCUCAGGACUAACCCCAAGGCCAAAGAUGCUUUGUAUGUGUGUCUGCAGCUGCAGGCUGACCAAACCCAGUCAGACUCCCUAGGAGGUGGUGGCACAUUCCCUUUUUACUUGGAUUUCUGCAUACUGGAAAACGGGAAUGUGCAGCACAACACGUGGAUGAUUAGUGACACCCACAAGAGCAGCACUCAGACUUGGAUUUUCUGAUGUUGGAAGCAGCCUUUGUGUUGGUGCAUGCAUUGAAAAAUCUCUCAAGAAUGCAUAGCUAUUUCACACCACAUUGUCUGCUUGAAAACAAAUGUUCAGGGCCUCCUUAUGGAAUUCCCCAGUAAUUGUAAGCAUAAAAACUCUUGGCCAGCUUCUUGUUGCUUAGACUUUUGGCAGGCAAUGUUACCAGUCUAACAUUGAGGCUUGUUUUCUCUGAUGAAUAAUGGACUCUAGCUGUAAAUAAAUUUGCAUUUAUAAAUAUUUUGUAUACACUAAGCAUAUAAAAGUGUUGGCUGUAAUGUAAAUAUUUUUUUUAUUAUGCCAAAGUAUGUAUCAUACUGUUAGUCUUGACAGCUGCAUAUCAAGGGUUUUUUGGUGAGACUGAAAGCUUGCUUCAGAUAGGAUAGCUAAAGCUGGCUUCAUUUUGGAACUUAGGUACGUGGUGAAACUGUGAUAUUGGUGAAUGUUGUUGUUAGGUACAAUUCUGUGUGCAUUCAGCCUGGCUGACCUGACCACGAGCUGGUCCAUUUCAUGACAUUAGCAGAGUUCCAGAGUUCUUAAACUCCAGGCACCCACCCUGUCCAUAGCACAUCCAGCCCUACAGACUCUGCAGAACUCAGCUCUGUUAACCUCUGCUCUAGGCUGUAGUGUCCAACUCCCCAGAAGUUCUUCUAAAUGACAAACAAACAAACAAACAUUUGGGAUAGCUGUAAGGUGAGAGUUUUGAGUGCUUUGUUUAGAAGUUUAUCUGAGCUUUUUUCUUUAAAAGCCUUUGUAUUGUGUAUGUGGCAGAGAGGUCUCUAUGUGUUUGUCCUGCCUGACAGUUAUGUGAACUUCUAAAAGAAGAAUAUUGUGAUGAAAGGCAUUGGAUUAAUUGGGAAAGUCUUGUUGCAUUUUUCAAGCUGUAGAAUAGCUGCUAAAAUGAAAACAGCUGCAUGGUGUAUUUUUCUAAAGACAGAACCUUUUUGGACCAGCCCAAGAGAGGUAUGUAAGGCUUCUCAUUGAUCUAUUCCAUGGAAGGGUGUGUGGCUGAAGUAGCAGAUGCAGUCAUGCCAAAGCACAGCUGAAAUUUUUGAGACUGGAUUAUUUGUGUAAAUGAGAGAGGAAAGGCUGGGAAUAAUUUUUUUCCCCACAGUCAGACCUAUGAAAAUGAGCAAAUAUUAUCAAGGGCUCUCACCAUGCUCUCAAAGCAACUGUGUUUGCUUUGACAGCCAGCAGCUUUAGUAGGAAGAGGCUCCAAUUGUCCUUGACCUUUGGAUAAAGUAGAGAGAAACACAGGUGUGUUGAACUCUAGUCUGGGCUCUGACAUCUGAAAUGUUGUGAUAACAUAUAUGCUAAAAGAAGAAUCUUAAGUUCAUUGCUUUCUGGUUUUAUUUCCUCCAGGCUUCUCCUUUCUAGACAGCCUUUCAGCCAUGGUGCUUUCAAUCCAAAGUUAUCUCUGUUGCAAGAACCCAGUACUGUCAGUUUAAAUUCAAAUGAGAAAGGUCAGGUCAUGAAACUACAGCAGCAGCAGUGUCUCAUCCUUUUGGGCUGCUUGCUGCCUUCUCCAGGUGCUCACCCAGGCUGCUGUGGCAGCUUCUUGGCAUGUGCAGAGCCCCAGCUUCCCCCUGUUGGGAACACAGCACUCCUGCUGCUGUUACUUUUUCUUUCAUCCUCUCUUUUGUGGAGCUGAGCUAAUACAGCUCUGUCAUGGUGCAGCUCUUGAUGUCCAGACCUUUGGGCACAACUUCCUAGGGCGUUUGACUUCUCUUUAGGUAGGUAAGAUGAAAACCAAGACCUCAAAAUCAAUGCUGUCUGCACCAGAACGAGCUGAAGUGCUACCUCUCAAAGCCAUUUAGAAGCUAAAGCUCUGCUGAUUUCUGUGAGAUACUGGCCUAUAAAAGCUGUCAUUAUGAAUUAGGACAUUUGCAUUCCUCCAUGAGCAGUGGUAUCUCUUGAAAGUCCAUAAGCUUGUUGUAAAUAGCUGAUGCUUGUAAGGGGGUGAAUGCCUUUCUGUGCUUAGCAUUGUGCAAAAAC